CAGGACGCUUCUUGGCCGUCCAGGGUUCCGCUGCGACGGGAUCAGAAGACGCAAAUCAAGUGAAAGAAAUCUUCUGACAGGAGAAAAGUUCAUGCUGGAGUUCUCAAAGACCUCCGAGGGCCUCAUGAAGUCCAAACUGAACAUGGAGAGUCUGAGCAAGCCAGAGUUGCUGAUGCUUUUCAGCAUCCUGGAGGGAGAGCUGGAGGCCCGGGAUCUUGUCAUUGAAGCCCUAAAGGCACAGCGUAAAGAGCUAUUCAUUCAGGAGCACUAUGGAAGGUACAACCUCAGUGACCCCUUCCAGGCUUUGCAGAGAGACAGUGAGGCUGUGGGGGGCCAGGACAAAGAGGCUGGCUGUUCUUCCUCCACCUCCAACCCUCUAGUGGUCCUCAAACUGGUGGUGAGCCACUGCAGGAGAAUGCAGGAGAAGAUGCUGGCCCAGCUGGCUGCAGCUGAGAGCAGGCACAGAAGGGUCAUUGCAGACCUGGAGGAGGAAAAGAGGAAGCAUGCAGAGGAUACAGCAGAGGGAGAUGAUGUCACUUAUAUCCUGGAAAAGGAGAGGGAGCGCUUACAACAACAGCUGGAAUUUGAGAGGAGUCAGGUCCGCCGGCUGGAGAAAGAACAGCGGCGCAUUACUGACCAGUUAGAGGAAGAGCGGGCUCAGCACAAACAGCUCUCCUGUGCUUUGGCCAAAGAGUGCAAGUGGGCCAGUGCCAGAGCUCUGGAGGAGGGACACCGACUGAGCGAACUGAGCCGUAAACUCGAAAAGGAAAAAGAGACUUGUCAGUCUCUUAGAAAAGAACUGGAGGAUGAGAGGACAAAAGCUGUGAGGAUGGAGGCGAGAGUGGAGGAGCAGCUGGCUGAGUUUGACACAGAGCGUGAACAGCUCCGCUCACGUCUGAAGAAGGAGGAAGCUCACUGUUGUCAGCUAAAGCAUCAGGUAGAAGAGCUCAAGAGGAAGCUGGAGGAAGUGAACACAAUGAAGGAAACUAGAGGAGCCAUUACAGUUCCAACUGAGCCAGGACAAAAGGAGUGGGCCACAAAAGUUCCUCCGGGAAAGUCAUUAGUAGACUCUGUUAAGGUUGAGGACAUAGAGGAGGAGAGAAACAACCCACCUUCACAGGCAAACGGUCAUCAUUGUCCAGCAGAGACUAACGGGCAUCAUGGCCCACAGAAUGGAAAUGAAAAUCCUCCAAUUCAGACCCAAACAUCGUUCUCCCCCUCCCCUGCUGUUUCUCCAACUCUUCCUUGUUCCUCCCCCUGCGCCUCACCUGUUCUUGCCAAACGGCCACCGACCAGCCCAAAUCCAGAAAGCUUUCAGUCUCCCUACCAAGCCGGGAUCAAUCAGCGUUUCCAUGCUGCUCGUCAUAAGUUUCAGGGUACCCCUGACCCAGAGCCGCAGUCCCAGGCUGUGCAGCCUGCUCUUCCUCUCUUGCCAAAAGACCCCUCUCCUGCGGCCGUCACCUCGUCGCCAGAGGGCAGCCCGGUCAAGCAGAUUGCCCGCAGCACAGUUACUCAAGUCCUGUCACGUUUCACCACCGCCCAGCAAAGUGCUACAGCGAAGCUCGCCACAUCGAACAACUCACCCUUUGGUACAGACUACCGCAGCCUGGCAGCACCUUUGUCUCCAAUCAUUGGAAGGGCUGCAGGGAUGGUUCCCCAAGGAAUAAAAUCGCCUACCAUUCCCAGGGCAGAGCGGGGCAACCCUCCACCAAUCCCUCCUAAGAAGCCUGGUCUAGCUCAGGCCCCUUCUUCUCCAGCUGCAGUGCCCAGGUCUCCCAGCCAUUUCUCUGAUAGCCCCCUCGCAGGAAGCUGUGGCCUCACCUCCAGCCAGGAAGGAGUUAAAGAACUGGACAUGGUGGUUUCAUCUAAUUAACCGAUCUGCUUGUGGCAACAUCCACAUUUCAUAAUAAGAUAUAGGCUUGUAUAUAACCAGAGUUUUAUCAUUUCCUUUUUUUGAACAAAUGACCCCUCAAACACUGUUAUGCUGUUUGUAUUUAUUAGAUUUAUUUGUAAUACGUGCGAGGGCACUAUUGUAGGUAGUAGAUGAAGAGCCGGUAGUAAUGAACAAUUACAGCUGAGUUAAAUUUCAUAAGGUGCAUAUUAUGUUGUUACGAUGUAUAAUUUUUUUAAUAGUGUCUUUCCAUUUAUUUUGUCUCAAGUAUGUCGCUUUUUAUUGUAAGAAUAAUCACCAGUAACUCAACCUUUGACCAGUGUAGGCUACAGAGUCAUUUUAGUUUGCACUAGUGUUCUUUUUUUUUUUUUUUUAAUUAAAAACCCAGUAGUCCUUACUUAUUACUGCAUCUUAUUUUAACACAACAAAUAAUCUGAUUAGUGCCGUAAUGUCAUGUCAUGUUUUGUUCUCUAUUAAUUUAAUGAUGUAGUUACAAUAACUAUGUAGACUCUGAUGGUUAUAUGCAGGUGCUGUUGUAAAAACUGUUCUGAUCAUCAUGUCUUUGUCAUUUAUAACAAAUCACUAUAAGAAAAAAAUGUAGCCAAUCAUAGCUUUGAUUAAUAUCACAGCCUACCAUGCUGGGUAUUCCUCUGUUUUUAAUUAUAUUUUUUACAGUACUUUUUUUUUAGGCUGGAAAGUGGCAUCUUUAAUAAAUAUAUCCUAA